GCAAAUAGUUGUCAAAACCAUAAUUUAAAAAUCCCACAUUACUUUCACGUUCUAGUUUCACAAUUCCCCACCACUUAAUUAACUACUCACAACUUUUCAAUUCCAUCUUCAUUGAUUCACACUUUCAUGGUACCUUAAAUUCUGUAUAUAUAUACACAUACACACACGCACACAUAUAUACAUAGAAACUACAACUGUUAACUGUAUAUGUAUAUAGGAUCUGCCUUGUAAAGUAGUUUAUCGGUAGGAUGAACAAGCUUCAUGAGUGGCCGGAGCCAAUUGUUCGCGUCCAAUCAUUAUCCGAAAGUGGAAUCUGUUCAAUCCCAGAUAGGUACAUCAAACCUGCUACGAUGAGGGCAUUAAACGAUCCUUGCAUCGACGAGGAGGAAGAUGAGCACGUUAGUAUCCCAAUCAUUGACAUGAGCGGCCUAGACGACGAUGCUCGUAGAGCCACUACGCUUAUACAGAUUUCAAUUGCUUGCAGAGAGUGGGGAUUUUUCCAGAUUGUUAACCAUGGAGUGAGUCCUGAAUUGAUGGACAGAACCCGCGAAACGUGGCGCGACUUCUUCCAUCUACCUAUGGAGAUCAAGCAAGAUUAUGCCAACACCCCCAAGACCUACGAAGGUUAUGGCAGCCGAUUAGGGGUCCAAAAGGGUGCCAUUCUUGAUUGGAGUGAUUACUACUUCCUUCACUUUCUUCCUUUGUGUUUGAAGGACUAUAACAAGUGGCCUGCCCUCCCUUCCCGUUGCAGGGAAGUGUUUGAUGAGUAUGGUAAGCAAUUAGUGGAGCUAAGUGGGAGGUUAAUGAAGGUUUUGUCAAUAAACCUAGGAUUGCCUGAAGACCAUCUACAGAAUGCAUUUGGUGGUGACAAUAUUGGGGCAUGUCUUAGAGUGAAUUUUUAUCCCAAAUGUCCACAACCCGAAUUGGCUCUCGGGUUGUCGCCCCAUUCGGAUCCGGGCGGGUUGACCCUUUUGUUACCGGAUGAUAACGUGGCGGGUCUCCAAGUCCGGAAAGCCAACAAAUGGAUCACAGUUCAGCCUGCUAAGCAUGCUUUUGUCUUCAACAUUGGUGAUCAAAUUCAGGUUCUAAGCAACGCAAUUUACAAGAGCGUGGAGCAUCGAGUAAUCGUAAACCAGUCAAAAGAGCGAUUAUCGCUUGCUUUCUUUUAUAAUCCAAAGAGUGAUAUAUUGAUAUCACCGGCAAAGGAGCUUCAAACGCCGGAGAGGCCCGCUUUGUACCAACCGAUGACGUUCGAUGAGUAUCGUCUUUUCAUUCGAUUAAAGGGUCCUCAAGGCAAAUCCCAAGUUGAAUCUCUCAAAUCUCCAAGAUAAUUUUUUAAAAAUUAAUCAUUGAUUUGAGUUAAUUGUACAUCUUGAUAUUCAAAAAAAGGCAAUUGCUUUGGAAGGUAAAUUAAGGAAAUCAUAUAAUGAAAGGAAAAUAUAGAAAAUUAGAUAUUGAAUUGCUCAUUAAUUCGAUAUUCUUUUGCAUAUUUAAAUAUUUUUGCCUCAUUUUAUUGGAACUAUUUAUUUUCUUC